GCCAACCGGCGUACAGCGCCUACAAACUCAGUUUUCUAGAUAAAUAUAUUGUGUUUUGAAAUAAAGAUAACACUUUAAAAUAAUUGUGUUUUCUGGAUUUUUAUAAGAAAUAAAAGGUACUUACAAAAUGUUGGAAGGGACUAAGAUCAGCACUCCGUCGCAAAUGUCGAGUAUAUUCGAUAUUGCUAAGGACACCGUGCUUUUUUUGCUACUAUCAUGUUACUACAUAUUGGAAUCGCUAUUUUGGACAUUAGUGCCCAAUGUAAUAAGGCCCAUGAAAAGUCUUAAAGACGAGAUAGUCCUGAUAACUGGAGGUGGUGGAGGAGUCGGCAGACAAUUAGCUAUUAAGUUGGCAAGACUAGGAGCUAAAGUUGUUCUAUGGGAUAUAAACAAGGAAGCUUUAGAAAAGACUAGUAACGCACUUAGAGAAGAAGGUUACGAAGUUGCAAGCUACGAGGUCGAUCUAGCAGACCGGGAAUCCGUGUACAAAACAGCAAAAAAAGUUAAGGACGAGGUCGGAAAGGUAGAUGUUUUAAUUAACAACGCGGGUAUUGUUUUCGGUGAUACUUUACUUGAACUCAACGACACUGCGAUUGAAACCACAUAUAAAGUCAACAUUCUUUCCCAUUAUUGGACUGUGAAAGCAUUUCUCCCAGACAUGAUCAGCUCGGGUAAAGGACACAUAGUGACUGUAGGUUCCGUGGCGGGACUUCUCGGCACUUAUCGUUGCACGGACUACAGCGCUACUAAGUUUGCUACCGUUGGCUUUCAUGAGAGCCUCUUCACGGAGCUUCGGGCGCACGGGCACAAUAAUAUCCACGCGACACUCGUCUGCCCCUACUACAUCAACACGGGCAUGUUUGACGGAGUGACACCAAGGCUCAUGCCGAUGUUAGAGCCAAACUACGUGGCAGAAACCAUGAUAGAUUCUAUUCGCAAGAACGAGGUCAACUGUGUAAUGCCUGGUUCAGUCAGAUAUUUGUUGCCUCUUAAAUGCUUACUUCCAGCAAAAAUGUGUUGGGAUCUAAUGCAUCGCGUGAUGAAGGGGCCACAAUCAAUGAUGGAUUUAAAAAGGAAACGAAAAGUGGCAUAAAACUAGCAUUUGUAUGUAGAUACGUAUAUUUAGAAGACUGAAUGUUCUUAAAAUAAAAUCUAUAAAUAUUAUAUUGAAAUCAUUUAUCCUGAAACUAUCCCAGUAUAUCACACCAGAGAUAAGUAUUUAUGAGAAAAAACAGUCCAAGGAAGGCCCUUUAUCCACUAAAAGUAAAAGUAAAGUAACAGCCUAUAAAUGUCUACUGCUGAGCUAAGGACUUCUGUUCUUUUGACGACAUUUGGAGCUUACUCCAACACACUGCUCUGAUUCUGAUGCAGGUUGGUGGAUGCACGUGGCAGAUUUUC